AUGAAGUUCUGGGUCGGCUGGGAAAUGUGGCAGAAGCUAUGCUUCGUGCUCUCAGGCAUUCUGGCUAUCGUCCUCGCCUAUUCCUUCUGCGUUCUCCUCCGCAACCGAAGAAAGCUCAGACGCGCUACGGCAGAAGCAUACCAGAAAGCGGAGCAUGAUACCGAAGCGCAGGAUGGCGAAUUGCGUCCGAUGUUGACCCGUACAAGCGAUAUCCCGUUCGGUGCCAGGGCUCUCCAACGAGGUGUCCAGGUUGAGGGUAUUUGGAUCUCUAGCAGCGAAGCGGUGGAUCAACUCCCCAAAGAGCCUGCGCCGGCUAUAAGCCCUCCAUCCACCCCUGUCACCACCGGCUCGCCCUUGAAGAAAGCGUCCUUGGUAGAUGCCAAUGAUGACAAGGGAAUUCUCCCCCCGACACCACAGGUGACUGCCCCUUUGAGAGCAUUGAAUGGAAAUGAUAUAGGCAACGAAGGGGCUCCCAGCAUCUCAACGAACAUACCUCGUGCAAGCCUACACUCUAUCCGGACAGCCGCAACGCACCUUGAGCCGCGAGCCUCGCAUGAACCGGGACCACGCCUUUCAAGACAAUGGUUCGGCCCCCGUAGCUCGUGGUUGAACAAGGCCCCAGAAACAUACAAACGGAAAUCAGGAGUCGAAGGAAGAUACGUUCGUCCAUCAUCCGAAGAAAUCAGACGACGUUUCAGCAAGCUCUUUGACGAACAGCUCCAAGCACAACCAUUGGAAACAUUUCAGCUAGGCCCUAUGUUCCUUAGCGCGGAGUGUGACAAAAAGCGGGUGUCCAGGUCGUCGCGCCUGUAG